AUGUGCGGUAGUCAGGAAUUACCGCGCGAUGCUGACACUAAGCUCACUGCAGCGAGUAUUGGACUGGUAUCGGGCGAUCGUCUUAGACUUAUCAUCGCAAACGAACCGCUUCAAGAGACCGAUACGGCUGCUUUGUUAAGUUAUGAACAACGUAAACCGCAAUCGCCUUCGAAUUCAAUGGAGGUCCAAAAUGAGUUAGCUCCGCAAGAAGUCAAAACCGAGCAGCAGCAAAAUGAUUCCCGUCAAGAGGAUGAAAGCUCGAUCACAUCGAUCGUCAUCAACGAAUUGAAGAAAAACGGCUUCUAUUGUAAAAAAUUAUCGGAUGAUGGCACACGACUGUUGUUUCGUCAUGCAGAAAGCGCGUUGAGUGCUGAAAUUGAUUUUCAUCACUACGAAGAUCAACGCGCCAAGUGUUCGCAUCUAACAAUCAGUGUUAUAUAUCCGACAAGUCGUCAGUUCCUAACACCGGUUGUAAUCGACGAAAGUGCACACGAAUUGCGUUCGUUCAUUGAUGAAAAUAUCAUCGCACAACUGCAAAGCGCAUUAAUUGGACAUAGAAAUCGUUUUCUACGUUUAUUGGGACAUGAGACGUUGGCUGAACGAAUCCUGAAAGAAUUGGGCGCAAAAGAUGUUCUUCGUUUGGAGUGUACGUGUACACAUGCGAAUAAAGCGUGCAAUAUUAAUCUUGCCUUUACGGAACGGUUAUGGAAACAUUUUGUUGAAAGGGACUUCGGAACUGGUAAUUCUUAG